GUCCCCAAUCUUCAUCCACAAGACAACCAAAUAAUACAUUCCUCCCCCUGAUAAUUCUUUUGUCUAGAUUUCAGUAUAUGAUUUUUAAGAAUCUUGAACCAAUAAUACAUUCCUCCCCCUCGAUAAUUCAUUAGCCCGGAUUUCAGUAAAUUGUUUUCAAGAAUCUUGAAGAAUGAUGAUGCACAUAUUUAUUGGUUUCAUUACGCAUAUGAGUCACAGAAACUUAGUACAGCUAGUACCAGAUGAGGUCAAGAAGAUGUGGAAUGAGUGGGCACUACGCGGACUGAUUUUGAUCAGCCUUUCUUCACAGAUCAUAUUAAGCUUACUAGGCAAUAUUCGGAAAUACAAUCCAAGAACACGAAUCAGAAUCACUCUGUGGUGUAACUACUUAUUGGCAUACGCAGUCGCAUCAGCAGCUCUUGGCAUUAUUACCCGAACUGCCUUAGAUGUAUGCAACACCUCUCAUUCCAUUUCACAACAUCACAAGGCCAACAGUAGUGAGCUCAUGUCUUUUUGGGCGCCCUUUCUUCUCCAUCACCUUGGUGGGCCAGAUACAAUCACUGCUUUCGCAUUGGAAGACAACGAGCUUUGGUUAAGACACCUUGUAGAGAUUGGGUUUCAGUCAGGAGUAGCUCUGUAUAUACUCUUGUUGUCUUGGCCAGGUUGUUCUCAUCUCCCACAGCUAAGCCUAUUGGUUUAUUUAUCGGGUUUCAUCAAGUGUUUCGAACGUGUUCAAGCUCUAAGGUUAGCAAACACUGAGCAUCUUCGUGACUCAAUGCUUGGUCCUGCUGACCCAGGUCCGAAUUUUCCCAAAUUCUUGGAUGAUCUUCACUUGAAAAAGUCACAGGGGUUCAAUGUGAAAGUGGAGUCCGUUCCUGAGCCUCCUGUUCCACCAGUCGAUCAUGCAUAUCCUCAAGAAGGGAAGGAAAUAUCUAUAGCGCAUGAUCUAUUUCAAUCAUUCAAGCGGCUUUUUGUUGACCUCAUCCUCACUUUUGAGGAUCGGGAUAGUAGCUUAUCCUACUUCCGUCAUUUUCAAUCAGGUGACGCUUUUCGUAUUGUUGAGAUUGAACUUGGAUUUGCGUACGACAUGCUUUACACGAAGGCGAGUGUGGUGUACACAAUCAUGGGGCUCAUUCUUCGACUUACUAGCGUUUUCCUCCUUUUUCUAAUACCAGUGGGUUUUUAUUUUCUCAAUGAUAGGAAUCAUUACCAUCGGAUUGAUGUUGCAAUUACCAGCCUGUUAAUCGGUGCAACCAUCUUUAUGGAAAUCUUUGCAGUUAUUACCAUGCUUCGCUCUGAUUGGACAGAUCACUGGUUGAGCCAGCGAAACUACACAAGGAAGAGCCUCGUAUUCCCGUUCUUGAAACAACCAACCAAAAAAAGGUGGUCUGGAUCCAUUGCACAAUUAGACCUACUAAGUGUUGCACUCGAGGAGAAGCCCGCUAGUUUAUUGGCAAUUCAGAAAUUCUUUGGGGUGGAUAAGUAUCGAGUAAAGCACCGUUACAAGACAUACAUGAAAGUUUCAGACGACCUGCAAGAUUUGAUUUACAGGCAGUUUCAUGAGUUCAUGGGUGGAAACUCUGAUUCUGAUCCCAAAGUGUUAUGCACUCAUAAAGGUAGUUUUGCACUCCGAAAGAAUAAGUGUGACGCCCUUUUAUGGAGUAUCAACAAGGUAGAAUUCGAUCAGAGUAUUCUUAUAUGGCACAUUGCUACUGCUCUUUGCUAUUACGCAGAGGAUGAAGAUAAAGACCAUGUGGGAAACAUUGAUAUCCAUCGUAGGGAAAGCAAGAACAUUUCUGAUUAUCUUUUGUAUCUUCUGGUAUCAUACCCAGUUAUGUUGCCAAUAGGUAUUGGCAUGAUAAGGUAUCGUGACACAUGUGCUGAAGCCAUGCGUUUCUUUAAAGAAAAAGGUCCUACUUUUGCUACGAAAUCUGAAGCCUGUAGAAAGAUGCUUGAAGUUGAUUGUCUUGAAGUGUUGCCUAGCACAGUUAAGGGAGAUCGAUGCAAAUCUGCACUGUUUGAUGGUUGCAGGCUAGCGUUAACUUUGAGAUCAGAGAUGGAGAGGGACAAAAUGUGGAAAGUCGUGAGUCAAGUGUGGAUUGAGAUCCUAGCUUAUGCUGCUACUCACUGCAGAGGGUUUCACCAUGAGCAACAGCUUCGGAAAGGAGGCGAGUUCCUAACACAUGUUUGGCUUCUCAUGGCACAUUUAGGCAUCACGGAGCAGUUCCAGGUAUCUCAAGGCCAUGCUAGGGCUAGGAUCAAUGUGUUAUAAUCAUAGCUAUGAUUUAGGCAUUCACAUUCUUUCUUUAUUAGUGUUAAUAUAAUUCUGUACAUAAAGGCAUUGUGUUGAUAGGCUUCUCCAUUUCUAUACAAGGCUAAUUUUUUA